AUGAUGCUCGGGGAAGAAGCGAAUAUGCCGCCCGUUCGUUGCCUCCAACCACAGCAGCAGGCGACCACGGGGACCACCAACCCAACCAACCUCUUCUUCACCCACCCAGUCCACCUACCCGGUGAGUUGGCGGAGCAGGUGUUGAGCUACGUGGGACCCAAGGAGCUGGUGGCCGCCGGCGGCGCGUGCCGCCUCUGGUAUGACGUCACCUCGCGAGACAAACUAUGGCAGCCGUUUAUGGCCCAGGCGAGCUCCGGGCGCACCGAGAAGCACUCGUACAAGGAGCUGUUCCUCGAGCUGCUCCGGGAGAAGAAGCGCUGCGCCAUUCGCCACCAGUACGCCACCGAUGAGGUUUCGGACUGGCUCAAUGUCGAGCCUGUCUUCCACCCCAGCCCCGCCUGGCCGGUGCACCCGAACGCAUCGAACGCGCUCACCGUGGACCUGGGCUUCGAUGUCGACAAGUCGGCCAGGGCGCUGGGCCGCUUCCUCCGCAACUGCACCGGGGGCUGCUUCCAGGACCCCGAGUUUCUGAGGUGGGCGCUGUGGCGGUAUUCGCGGUUCAUGCAGCUCAAGGCCGACCACGCCGACCGGUUCCUGGUGCCCACCACCGAGAUCGAACACAUCUGGCAGAGCCACCUGCUCAGGCCGGACGUCUAUGCGCGCGACAUGCAGCAGGUGCUGGGCAUGCCGGAGGUGAUCGACCACCGCAUCUUGUGCACCGACGUCGACCAGCUCGUGUUCGAAGAGGCCCUGCGCGAGACGGCCGACCUGUGGCAGCGCACCUUCGGCGAGGAAUACUGCACGAUUCCUGCCACACCGGUGAUCAGGCUGCUGCGGGAGGGCUACAAGAACCUCUGGUUUGAGCCGCAACAAUUUAAUGUUGUGGUGGCUCCCGCCGACUGGACCUGCCCGUUCAGCUUGAGCGUGGAGGACGUGGCCAAGGACGACGAGUGGGACGGCCACUUCGGCCAGGAGAACGGCACGUACUACGGGUUCCACCCGCCGGGCGGCUGGUACCGCCUGGCUACCAAGGCCUACGAGCGCUUCCUCUACUUUUGCCACAUCUACGACGGCGACGAGGUGGCGCACCCGACCUCGGCCAUCCAGUUCGUGUGGCACCUCCACAUGUUCCACCCCAUCCUCUAUCGGAUGACGCGGCGCAGGGAGGGCACGAAGAGGCUGACUGGCCGCGUGCUGGAGCACAUCCCGUGGCCCCACGAGCACUACAGAGAGGCCAACUUCACCCGGAUCAACCAUGUGUGGCAGCGCGAGUUCGGCAUCGACAUUCAGGAGGAAAUGGAUGACGUUGAGAUCGGGGAUGACGACGUCUGA